AUGGAAGAGGACUCGGCGUCGAAUCCGCCUCGGGUCGACGGAGGACGUGUCGGAGACAAAGAUUCCAAGACAUUCCCGCUUUCGGCACCCAACCGAGGUGUCGACAACCUCAACCGCAAAAUGCAGCCUCACCAUGACACCCUCCCCCUAAUACCACCGACCGCUGCAGGCCACCCGCAAGACGCCCCAGACGCGACACCGAACCAGACCCCAAUCGCACGCGACCGACCAGCAACCAUGGCCGUCGGCCCUGCUGCCCACACAUCCCAGCAGCAGCACCAGGCAGCACCAUUUUACCCUCGCUCAACCUCCCCGACCCACCCGCUCGCCGUCGACGACUAUCGCCAGCCUACCCUCCAGCGCAGCGACUCGCAAGAGAGCAGUUCCACAAACAUCACCGACCGCGUCUUUACCCCACCUGUGAACGGCAGGGGAGCGAGCCCUGGCACCGCCAGCGCCCACCAGUCAAGUCAAGGAUCGUCACAACUCCUCCAAUUGUCUCAGAUCGCCGCCGCCCAAGAGAGAAUACCCGAGACCGCGAUGGACCCAUACGUCAACGGUGCCUCGUCGCGGAAGAGGAUGGCCGAUGGUGCCGUCAAGGAGGCAUUACGCGACGGUCAGGUCCUCAUCUCGCCAGGCCAGACACAUAUGGGUGGCCACUCUCGAAACCCCAGUGCCGUAUCCGCCGAACUCAAGGCGCGCUUGUCCUAUGCCAUGGUUAAGGUGAACCGUGGCUGGCAAACACACUCCAUCGACGAGGUUGAAGAUCUUGCCUCCAAGGCUGCGUCCCCCACCUCAAGUAACUCAACAAUACACCUCAGAAACGGGUCGUCAGCAAGCCCACAACUGUCUGGUGGGUCACAGCGUGCUAGCAACAACACAACCCCUGCCACGGCCUUUGCACAGCAACUACCAGGACGACAUGGAGAUCCCUACGGGCGAGAGCCCCCAUUGAUGCCUUCUCGUGGAAGCUCGAUAUCCCCCGUCAAAAAUACUGCCCCAGGUCUGGCCCCUCCCGUGUCCAUCCAACCAUCCCUGCAUUCCGUCCACCCGCGGAGACACUCCAACCCGAGACUUACACCAUCCCUCCUCUCAGUCUCAUACCACGGCUCAUCAUAUCCGGAUCUUCUGAGCCCCGGCCAGUUACCGGGUUACGCCAACGCCGCACAGCAUCGACCAUCGCUAGUCGAUGCCAUGGGGUUCUCGCCGCACCAGAACAACGCUGAAAAGGAUGCCAUAGAAUCCCUGCUGUUCAUGAGCAGUCCUGGAAACUCGGCCAAUCUCAAACAUGCGUUCCCCUCAUCAUCGCAACCGCUCCCAAUUGGUCACUCGGGACCAUCACGCACAGCACUGCCUUCGGGCAGGAGAACAUUACCAAGCUCAAGGCCGAUGCACCACCAUCACGCUCGGUCGCAAUCCCAGGUCCAAAAACGUGUAGAAUUCGAGAAGCCCAUCACCGAGACGGAAGUUGACGAGCCACAAGGGACGCCCAGGGGGAAUGCCAGAAGGCGAAUCAACGGAGGACCCGGUGACGGCGCGCCUUCUCGGCUGAAGCACCUACCUGUCUCUGCAGGUCUCACGUUGUCAUCCAAACCGCCACGGCCCGUUUUGGCUGAUACCGACAUUGACCGAAUGCUGGAGGCUGCGGCUGCGGCUGCAGAUUCGGACUCGGAUGGCGAAAUAGAGCUCCCUGUACGCAAGGCGCGCCGGGACGGCGCUCAACCUGUUGUGGCUUAA